CCAGUGGCAAAAUCUGACGACAUCGACAGCAUCCAAGCCAACAGUAUCUGAGACAACGUAUCAGUCAUUAACCGCGCUAUUGCUGCCCCGGGCCUCCAGGACUGCUCUGCAAGGAUCCAUUACCGUUCUGAAAUCCCAUCAACCUUGAGCUAUGGGAAAGGAGAAACUGCACAUCAACAUCGUGGUCAUUGGACACGUGGACUCUGGAAAGUCCACCACCACUGGUCACCUCAUCUACAAGUGUGGCGGCAUUGACAAGAGGACCAUUGAGAAGUUUGAAAAGGAAGCUGCAGAGAUGGGCAAAGGUUCCUUUAAGUACGCAUGGGUUCUGGAUAAGCUGAAAGCAGAGCGCGAGAGGGGCAUCACCAUCGACAUCUCCCUGUGGAAGUUCGAGACCAGCAAGUACUACGUCACCAUCAUCGAUGCACCAGGACACAGAGACUUUAUCAAGAACAUGAUCACUGGAACCUCACAGGCAGACUGUGCCGUGUUGAUCGUGGCAGCAGGCGUGGGGGAGUUUGAGGCUGGCAUCUCGAAGAAUGGGCAGACCCGAGAACACGCACUGCUGGCGUACACGCUGGGCGUCAAGCAGCUGAUCGUGGGCGUCAACAAGAUGGACUCCACGGAGCCCAGCUACAGCCAGAAGCGCUAUGAGGAGAUAGUGAAGGAAGUCAGCACCUACAUCAAGAAGAUCGGCUACAACCCCGAGACUGUGGCCUUCGUGCCCAUAUCGGGCUGGAAUGGAGAUAACAUGCUAGAAUCUAGCCCCAAUAUGAGCUGGUUUAAGGGCUGGAAGAUCACGCGUAAAGAUGGCAGCGUCUCUGGGACCACGCUGUUAGAGGCUUUGGAUGCCAUCCAGCCUCCCACCCGGCCCACGGACAAACCACUCCGCCUUCCUCUGCAGGAUGUCUACAAGAUCGGAGGUAUUGGGACUGUCCCGGUCGGCCGGGUUGAGACAGGCGUCCUCAAACCUGGCCUGGUCGUGACCUUCGCCCCUGUGAACGUGACCACUGAGGUGAAGUCUGUGGAGAUGCACCACGAGGCCCUGUCAGAGGCACUGCCCGGAGACAACGUGGGAUUUAACGUGAAAAACGUCUCUGUCAAGGACAUCCGUCGCGGGAAUGUGGCAGGGGACAGCAAGAACGACCCUCCACAGGAGGCUGCUAGCUUCACUGCACAGGUCAUAAUCCUGAACCAUCCUGGCCAGAUCAGUGCUGGCUAUGCUCCUGUUCUGGACUGUCACACUGCCCACAUCGCCUGCAAGUUCGCUGAGCUCAAGGAGAAGAUUGACCGCCGUUCUGGGAAGAAACUGGAGGACAACCCCAAAUCGCUGAAGUCUGGCGAUGCAGCAAUUGUGGACAUGAUCCCGGGAAAGCCGAUGUGUGUGGAGAGCUUUUCUGAGUACCCUCCUCUUGGGCGCUUCGCGGUGCGUGACAUGCGCCAGACGGUGGCGGUGGGGGUCAUUAAGGGCGUAGAGAAGAAGACAGCCACCUCAGGCAAGAUCACCAAGUCCGCCCAGAAGGCCCAGAAGAACAAAUGAACGUUGGGCAGGGCUGCGAGAUCUCGAGUCAGCCACAGCAGAAUCCAUGCCGCCCAUCCGCUCGUUAGCUCCAUAGGAAAAGCCUGGCUAAUUAUCACAAUGCAUCGCAAGAGCAGACGGAGGAAAAACACACACACACAAACACACAUAUAAACACACACAUAGAACACAUACACACAGACACAUACAAACACAAAGGAACACACACGAACACAAAUGCUCUGACAAUGAUAACGAUGGCUAAUAAUUGUAUUUAUGUUUGACCAUUAGUAGUUUGGAGUUCUGCAUUGGAUUUACGUGAGCACCUUAUGCUAAUCUUUAGACGUGGAAGAGGAAAACAGCCAUUUGGACCAUUUUUCCUGCUUACUGUGCAAUAGAUUGACACCCUCCUCUCCUGUUCCCAACCAGCCAUGUAUCCUAUCUAUGUCGCUAACCUGACCUGCCUUGCAAGACCCAUCAACCUCUACCGCUUUGUCGUAGAUAUUAGUUUUCACACUGGUUUGUAUUGCACUGAGAUGUUUGUGAGGUAGCCUUAAACACCCCUGUGUCUUUUUUCCCUGCUGCAUGCAUGAAGCUAG